AUGUUGGGAGAGGGGGGCCAUGGGGGUGGGGGUGGGUGGGGUGGACUGGGGGGGAGCUGUUAUAGGGGGAGGGGACACGACGGAACGGGGUUGGGGGUAGGGUUAACGGGGAUAGGUAAGACGCAGUCAGGGGUGGGGGGACCAGGGGGACCACACGGGGGCGGGGGUAGGGUUAUCGAGGGGGAGUGGUGUGGGCAUUUAGGGGGAGGAAGGAGAGAUGGAAAUGGGGGGGGUGCUAAGAGAAGUGGAGGGGAGAUGGAAAUGGGGGGCGCUGAGAGAGAGGUGGGGGCCAAGUUGGGGGGAGGGUUCAGAGAAGGGGUGGGAAUUGAAGUUUGGAGAAGGUUCAGAGAAGGAGGUGCUGAGCUGAAAGAGGGAGAAGAGUACUUUUGGGAGGAGUUGAAGGAGGGUUAA